AUGACUGAGAAGGAGACUACUGAAGGGAAGGCCAGUGGUGGUUACCCGACAACAGAAACCUUACAAGAAACACAAGAAGACAACAUAAUGGUGCAGUCCCUCUAUGUCAUGAUUAGCAGCAUGCAGUUGAGAUUCAGUGAGAGUGACUCGCUGAGAGGUUUGGCAGACUUCAAUGACAUUGAAUUUGAUGUAAUGGAGGAAAGCAUGCAAGUGAUAAGGGAGGAAAAUGAGAAAAAGAAACAAAAAGAAAAAAUGAAGACGGUUGGUCCAAUUCAGAUUUUUCGAUUUGCAGAAGGGUUGGAUAUAUUCUAUAUGAGUAUUGGAUUCCUUGGAGCAAUGGUAAAUGGUGUCUGCCACCCUAUAAUGCUCAUUGUGUUAGGCGAAAUGGCUGACAGCAUAGUGUGUUAUAACUCAUCCCUCCAAAAUACAUCUGAAUGUCUUCAGUUCAAACCACUGUCUGAGCAGAUGACUGUUGCUACAUCUCUCCCCAGGUUUUCCUUGUACUAUGCUGGAAUAGGAGCUGCUGUUAUCAUCUUUGGAUACUUCCAGGUUUCUCUAUGGGUUCUAGCUGCCGCCAGACAGACACGGAAAAUGAGGAAACUGUUUUUCCAUUCAGUAUUAUCCCAAGAAAUGAGCUGGUUUGAUGUCACCAAAUCUGGAGAACUCAACACUCGUCUUACAGAAGACGUCAAUAAAAUCAAUGAUGGAAUAGGAGAUAAAGUUGGCCAUCUUGCACAGAAUUGUUCAACGUUUGUGGCAGGGUUAGUGAUUGCGCUGUACACAGGCUGGAAACUCGCACUGGUCAUCAUGGCUACCAGUCCACUUGUAGCUAUUUCAACCGCCAUAUGUUCCAAGAUGGUGGUAUCACUGACAAGCAAGGAGCUCUCAGCUUAUGCAAAAGCAGGAGCCGUGGCUGAAGAAGUUCUCUCCUCAAUACGGACAGUGGUGGCAUUUGGAGGACAAGAGAAAGAAAUUAAAAGGUACACAAACAAUUUGGGACAGGCUAAAGAAAUUGGGAUAAGAAAGGCUAUUACUUCUCAGAUGGCUGUUGGGUUUAUGUAUUUUUUUAUAUAUGCCACCUAUGCCCUUGGAUUUUGGUAUGGGACAACAUUAAUACUGGGAGGCCAAGGAUAUACCAUUGGAAAAACUCUUGUGGUCUUCUUCAGUGUGGUCCUCAGCAGUUUUUGCAUUGGCCAGGCGGCUUCUCACUUUGAAGCGUUUUCCGUGGCAAGAGGAGCUGCUCAUAACAUAUUUGAUAUCAUUGAUCAGACAUCCACAAUAAACAGCUUUUCAACAGAGGGUUACAAGCCGGAUCAUUUAAAGGGAAACAUUGAAUUUCAAAAUGUGCAUUUUUGUUAUCCUUCAAGAUCAAAGGUUCAGGUUUUAAAAGGACUUAACCUGAAAGUUAAAUCUGGUCAGAUGGUGGCACUGGUUGGACAAAGUGGAUGUGGUAAAAGCACCACAGUGCAGCUCCUACAGAGACUGUAUGACCCACAAGAGGGCACGAUAGUGGUUGAUGGCCAUGAUAUACAGUCUCUGAAUGUCCAGUAUUUCAGAGAAUUCAUUGGUGUGGUUAGUCAGGAGCCGGUCCUGUUUGCAACAACCAUUAAGCAGAACAUCAAAUACGGCAGGUUGGAUGUGACCAAUGAAGAAAUUGAAACUGCAGCUAAAGAAGCCAAUGCCUAUGAUUUCAUUAUGGCACUACCUGAUAAAUUUGAGACUCUAGUUGGGGAACGAGGAGCACAACUGAGCGGCGGCCAAAAGCAAAGGAUAGCAAUAGCCAGAGCCUUAGUACGGAAUCCUAAAAUACUUCUGCUGGACGAAGCCACCUCCGCUCUGGAUACUGAGAGUGAAUCUGUUGUACAAGCGGCUCUAGAUAAGGCCAGUAAAGGACGCACCACUAUUGUCAUUGCUCAUCGCCUGAGUACAAUUUGGACAGCGGAUCUUAUUGUUGUGCUAGAGAAUGGUGCUGUAGCUGAGCAAGGAACACAUUCUGAAUUAUUGGAAAAGAAAGGAACCUAUCAUUCACUGGCAACAGCUCAGUCUAUACAAACUGCAGAGGGCAGUGAACCAAAGGAUAAAGAUCAGGGGAAACCAUCACUGAUACAGAGGUUACACUCCAAUAUGUCCAAUGGAAAAUAUUCAAAGUCUGAAGCUGAAGAGGAAGAAGAAAUAACAGAGGACACUGACAAGGAAAAACUUCCUAAAAUUUCAUUUUUUAGGCUGUUGAAGCUAAAUAAAUCAGAAUGGCCAUAUAUCAUGUUUGGAACUCUUGCAGCAAUUAUUAAUGGAGCAGUCCAUCCAGGUUUCAGUAUACUGUAUGCCAAGAUUAUAGCUAUUUUUGGGACUAAUAAUCCAGAAAUAAUUAGAAAUGACAUAAAUCUUUAUUCCAUUAUAAUUGCUGUUAUUGGUGUGGCUUCUUUCUUUACAUACUUUAUUCAGGGUUUCAUGUUUGGGAGAUCAGGUGAAGUCCUCACCAUGCGGCUGAGGCAGAUGGCAUUCAAGUCCAUGCUUCGCCAGGAAAUAUCAUGGUUUGAUAACAAAAAACACAACACUGGGGCUUUAACAACCAAGCUUGCCACAGAUGCUUCUCAGAUACAGACGAAUGUGCAUACUGCUAACUAUGAUCCCUCACUGACUCAGUUGGCAUCUCUAAUUUCAUCAUGGAUGUGUCACGAGAUCUCUUGGCUGGGCCGCAUAGCGACAUUUACAAUGAUGAUGUUACCAAAAUUGAUGAAAAAAGCCGAAAUAAUCCGACAAGCACUGAAUGUUUCACCUUUGACUUUCCAGCUUUUCGAUGGCAUUGAUGCUAAAUGCUUGAACGUACAGUGGCUGCGAUCUCAGAUAGGAAUCGUCUCGCAGGAGCCAGUGCUGUUUGACUGCAGCAUUGCUGAGAAUAUCGCCUAUGGAAACAACUCCCGUGAGGUGUCAAUGGAGGAAAUACAGCAAGCAGCAAUAUCAGCCAACAUUCACUCCUUCAUAGAGAGUCUGCCAGAGAAAUUUAACACUCCAGUGGGAGGGAAAGGAACUCAGCUGUCCGGGGGCCAGAAGCAGAGGAUUGCCAUUGCCCGAGCUCUUAUCCGUGCUCCAAAAAUAUUACUGCUGGAUGAGGCCACCUCAGCACUAGACAAUGAAAGUGAAAAGGUUGUACAACAAGCACUAGACCAAGCGAGGAAAGGAAGGACUUGUAUCAUGAUCGCACACAGACUGUCCACAGUACAGAAUGCGGAUCUUAUUGUGGUCAUGAAGAACGGGAGGAUAAUAGAACAAGGAACUCAUCAACACCUUCUAGCCAAGCAAGGGGCAUAUUAUGACCUUGUAAAUGCACAGACUAUAACGUAAAUAUAAAUGUAAAACAAGUCUGGAUAUAAGUCCGCUGGUGCUCUAUAGUAGAGUGCAAACUGUGUCAGCCUUAAGAAGAGAGACCGUUGCUGUGUAAAGCAAUGAAUAGAAAAGAUGCACAGGUAUGUGUAUAACAGGUGUAAAGAUAAGGUACAUCACGUGUAAGGAUAAGGUACUACCAAGUGCUGCAAAGUACAAGUUGUGUCGGAGGUCACCAAUGUGAGUAUUGAGGCCGAACUGAUACUCAACACUGAUAAAUGCCUCUUUUCCACCUCGUUGAAUGUCAUCAAUCAACUAAUCUAAAAGUUGUUAAAUAAUAAUUGCUGAUGGAGUGGUAUAUCAUAAUCUAUAUAGCACUAGUGGCUGCAGACAGUUCUAAUUACGCCUAGAGGAUAUAAUAGUAUAUUUUGCUUGUACACAAGUGACUUAAUGAUUUAUGCUGUAAUCCCAGAUUUCUAAAAUGAAAAAAAAAAAAAAAGUUUCCAGCUGUUAUUGGUGCAUAACACGGCCCUGUAACCUGUAUAUGUCAUGCUGUUGCAGUAGAGUUUUUGCUUUGAAAUCAAAUUAUUUAGAUUGCAAUGAUAAUA